AUGUCUUCAUUCGUUCCACCAGGAAAAGCCUUGAGAGAGAAAGCUCUUGAAAUCCACACUCUUGAAUCAAGCAAGAAGCAGCAGCUGCUAACAAUUUAUCGGGAUGAAGAUUUCGAACCCAAGACUCAACCCAAGAGAGGAUCUUGGCUGGCCGAGCAUAAGGAGUAUGGACAAACGUUUACUGCUUAUAAGAACACUCCUUUUAAUCGGAUCAAAAAAUCAAACCAGAACGUCAUUUACAUUUAUCCUCUCGAGCAAUUCUCAGAAGAGAAUCCAACAAAAUGUCCUUCACUUACAGUUUUGAUCAAGUUUUUACAAGCUUUUUACUGUGGUGUUGAGGUUAAAGCGUUGAAUUCCUCAUUGACCAAGUCAGCACCUCAAUUCACCACUCGAAUGAAUGGAUCUGUGAUGCAGUACAAAACAGGAGAUAUUUUGAAUUAUUUGAAAAAGAUCAUCCCCAAAGAUGCUUAUUGUGUGUUGGGCUUGACGAUGGUGGACCUGUAUCCGGAUGAAUCUUGGAACUUUGUUUUUGGAAUUGCAAGUUUAGAAAAUAGAGUUGGUGUUUUUUCAUUCGCAAGAUACCAUCCUGCAUUCUAUGGUGAUGAUCACUUGUCUGAUUUUGAGAUUGAAAAGCUUCUUUUGAGAAGAAGUUGCAAAGUUGCUUCGCAUGAAAUUGGUCACAUGUUUGGUAUUAAGCACUGUAUUUUCUAUCAAUGUGCAAUGAAUGGUUCCAACCACAUGGAUGAAUCUGACUCGAGACCACUCGAGUUGUGCCCAAUUGAUCUUCGUAAAUUGCAAUACUGUAUUGGCUUUGAUGAAACUGAGCGAUACAACAAAAUGUUGAGCUUUUUCAAAGAGCAUGCAGAUAUCUUUCCAAGUGAAAUAUCUUGGAUUGAGAAACGCCUUGAGAAGAUUCGAGCAAGUCAACAGUAG